CUGAAAACUAUUUAUGAAAACACAAUGAAGACAAUUCACAUUCACUCUGUCAACCACAAAUUAUGAAUAAGGAAGAUAAUGAAUUGCUACAUUAUGGAUUGGAUAACUCUCAAAUCUUAAAGCAGUUUUCAAAAGAAUAUGGACAAAUUAUGAUGAAAAGCAUGUUAAUUUUGUGGUUAAUUUACCACAGUAAUUUUGUGGGGCUGUGAAGGAUACCAUUGUUUUUCUAAGUUACAUAUGAGGCUUUUCAAUGUUUUUAUGAAAACAACUUUCAAACCUUUAAAGGCAAGACUCUUACAAUGUUAUGGAAUUAUCCUUCAAAUUAACUAGAUCAUAUUUCUAUGUCUGUUGGCCAAUUAACCUUUGUUAUUCAUUUUAGUAAUCUGCUGUAUUGUGUAAUUAUACAGUUAUUUAUUACUUAAUCUGAGUCUUCCCAUCGUAACUUUAUAAUUGCACACCUCUCCACUUUGUGUCGUGCAUUCCUCUUUAUCUGAAGUUAAUAUAUUUUAAGACAAUUACAUCAUACAGUGUACAAAAAAUAGAUUCAUUUGUUCAUGAUUGUGAUAAAAACAAAGGCAAGGCGAAAAAGAUGAGGGUCAGGGUUUGCAAUUACCUAAUGCUCCUAGGGCCCAUGAAGGAAAAAGAAAGGCAGACAGAGGGAGAGGCCGAGAAACUGAGAAAAGGGGAUUGUUGUGAUUAAAAGACAAUUAUGUGUGUGCAUCAACUUCCCUGUGCUGGUCAGUGUCAGGCUCGGGCUGUCCUGUUCUUCUCCCUGGGCAGCACAUCGGAACAAUGCUGCCUCUGUUAGGGACGGGAGAAGCGCAUCUCACAGUGCGACUGCACUCACACUUAUUGUUUACACCAGUGUUUGCAGUCAUUAGCUUCCACCAUGCCACAGCUUUGAUUGCCAAAGAAAAAGGAAGAGGCAUUUUCACUUCCAUAAUUUUCAGUUUGUCUUGGAUACUUAUAGGCAGGCCUCUAUGGUACCAAAGGUUUAUCAUGUGUGACUGAUGUAUGAAGCAGAGUCUGCUGUAAGUCUGAAGUUAAUUGUAUUCAAAUGACAAGAUUCCUUUUUAUCUACUGAAUGAAACUACACAGUUAUUUAAAAGAUGCACAUUUCCAUUGCAUGAUAUCAUAUGUCAGUGUACCUGUGCAAUACUGACCUUUUAAUAUCAAUGUGAACUGAAUCAAUUAGUAAUAUUAUAUUAUUGUUAAAAAGACUUAAACCAAUGGCUUAAUUUUCUGAAAAGUCACAGACAACACUAAGGAAAGAAAAUGAAUUUUCCUACAUGCUGACACCUAUCUAUGUUCACAGUGGUCAACUAAGGAUGGACUAAGGAAACUGCUAUUUUUCUGAGUUGUUUUUUCUUUGGAGGACUGGGAAACAGUACAGUCCUUUGUAGUGCUGACAGUGCAAGCCAUGGAUUUAUGAAUGACCAUGCCUAGGAAUGGAACAAUACUAUUAUCCUGAGGGACUGAUUUUCAUACAGGAGGGAGGGUGCCUGAGUAUAGAUGGGAGAGUCCAAUGAAGGAGGGGAGUAUUUACCCCGCCAUCCUAAUGGGGCAUGGUACAGAGAGAGCCGAAGCAGGCACGUCCCAGAACACACCAACUGGACAUCUAUGUGGAACCACUAACUCAUGCUAAGAAAACUGAAGGAGAGAGGAAAAGGCCUAGCCACUCGUCUGUUUACCCUCCACGGAGAGCAGCAUAUUCCACUCAGGGAGGACCAAAGAGAGACCCGUGAACUUCACUGCAGCUGGCAUGAGAAAUCAAGUGAUAAUCUAAAGACAUGUGGUACCCAGAACUGCUACUUCCUAUUUUGCUGAUUAUAAAAGACGCCAGUGCCCAGUGGAAUGUAUGGAUGCCACGGGACAUCUCAGCCAUGACUAACUCAUGCGUGGUCAUCCCUUGCACCUUCAUGUACCCAUCAAACAUUCGUCCCUCACGUGGUGUACAUGGCAUCUGGUACUUCGGCCAGCCUUACCCACAGUUCUUUCCCCCUGUGGUCUUCAAAUCACGCACCGACAUAGUGAACGAGAGCUACAAGGGCCGCACAAAGCUUUUAGGUGACCUGAAUCAGAGGAACUGCACCCUGCGCAUCAGCAAUGUUGGCGCUGAACAUUCUGGGAGGUAUUACUUCCGGGCAGACCUAGGGGGUGCCAACAUCUUUACCUACCCCGACUUCUCCGAGCUCAAGGUGUUGGACCAACCCGAUAUUGAUGUCCCUGAAGAGAUUGUUAGCAAUGUGAACUUGGAUCUAACAUGCUAUGCCCCGGACAACUGCCCCGACAUGAGCCCCGAGAUCAGCUGGCUUUACACAGAGUACCUGCUGGAUGCUGAAUUCAUCUCCGACUAUGUGGAGGAGGGAAACACAGCAGUGCUGUCCAGCACGCUUAGCUUCACGCCCAAGCCCAUUCACAAUGGCCUGCUGCUGGGCUGCCGGGUCCAUUUCCCCAACACUAGCUUCAUCUAUGAACGACUCAUCUCCCUCGAUAUCAAAUACUCUCCUCGCUCUGUCUGGGUGAAUGUGUCUCGGGAGGUGAUGGAGGGCAGCUCGGUGUCACUUUACUGUGAGGUGGACAGCAACCCUCCUCCCCGCAUCUCCUGGAUGUUUGGCGAUGAGGAGCUGCUCUGGGAUACGGCCUCGAACGUCUCCCUUCAGCUGGACCAGGUGGGCUCCCUUCAGGAUGGAGUCUACACCUGCAUUGCUGACAAUGGAUAUGGCACCAUGAACAGCUCCAUGUACCUCGCUGUCAAGUACCCCCCGCGGGAGCCCUGGGUGAAUAGCUCCAUCACUGUGCAGGAGGGCUCCACACUGGUCCUGCACUGCAGCACCAAGGGAAACCCCCCACCCACACUCACCUGGCUGAAGGACGGUGUCUUGGUGGGCACCAUCACAGCAGAGGAGGUGUCUGUACUGGAGCUGGUGGAGCUGACCCCCCAGGGGGAUGGCAUGUACCGCUGCCUGGCUGAAAACGAACACGGCCGAUCCAGCAGCUCGCUUAACGUCACCGUCGAGUUCGCCCCAGUGUUCCUGGAGGAAUCCAAAUGCACAGUGGUGCGUGAGGGCGUCCAGUGCGUGUGCGUGGCCUCAGGAAACCCCGAGCCUAUCAUUGAGUUCCACCUCCCCGAUUUCAACAUCACCGUAAACGACACGGAGGGCCGCUUCAAUUACUACACCCACACGGAUGGAUACACGGCCACGGGCAUGAUAAAGCUACGGGAGAAGAGCAAUAAUGGAGGCAACGGAGAAAGGCCAGUCAACGUGCACUGCCGUGUCAGCAAUGCAUAUGGCUCCGAGAUGGUGCGCCUGGAGCUCCAGCAGGAGAAGAAAUAUAUGAUGGCUGUGGUGGUUGGCACCAUCGGCGGAGUGGCCGUCAUCGCGUUCAUCAUUGCUGCAGUGAGAUAUGUGGGACGCAACAAUAAAAAGGAGAAUGGCAACCCUGGGCAGGACCUGGUAUCUAAACUGGAGAAUCCUUCAUUGUUCUACAGCGCAGUCAAGAAGGACAAACAAAAUCUGAGGAAGAAAGUGCUAAAGACUGAGCUUUUGGGCUCAAAGUUUAACUCGAUCCUUGAGGAAACCUCUACGGGAGACGAUGGAGAUUACCAGCCGGUGGCUUCCAUGGCUGAGUUGGAGAAGCAAGAGCUGAAUUAUGCUGCCCUGGAAUUCAUUGGGGGACGGUCUCGAAAUGGGGCAUCUGUGCAGGGGGACGACGGCAGUGACUACACUGAGAUCAAGGCCAAAUGAAUCGCACUGCUUCCCUGAUGCCCCAGCUACGCGAGAUGCACAACAGGUGCUCGUCAUCUGCAUUUCUCAGCACACUUCCCUCUGUCGCUCUUGCCCUCCUUCAAUAGCCCCAUUCUCUUUUUUUUGUUACACUAACUUAGCAGUUUCUCCAAACCCAGCCAGCCCUUGCUGGCUGCAGUGUAGUGAAUAGCUCUGCCACAGUCCUCUGAGAUGGCUGUUUCAUGCUGUAUUGGAGAAUGACACUUUGAAUGAAGUUAAAGCUUCAGUUCUUGCCAUUCUCAGCUCCCAACUCCCUUUCUCUCUGCAACAUAUGCUCUUCCUGCAGUCUGCUUUUUGCUACUUUCGGUUCUAGAGUUCGUGACAAACUGAUUCUCUUUCACGGUUUAGUUUCCCCAAGCUUUUAUUUGCUGUGGCUAUCUCUGUCUUUCUUGCUUUCUCAGUCUUCUUAUCUUAAUAUCUGCUUCAACUUGCCUUGUCCUUUCCAAGCUGAAAUGUCAGGGAAUAGGAAUUGUAAACAUGCUUUGGCAUCUCCACCUUCAUCUCAAGUUCAGAAGAGACAACCUCCUCAUCUCCUAGACCAAUGUGAUUCUCAAACAUCACAUAUCUAUGAGGCCUGUUUUUCCAUUGCAUUCUAUCCAUCAAUUAACUUCAUUGGAUUUCAGGCGUGUAUGUAAUCUACUUUGAAAUGGUGAAUGGAAAUGAAAAUUUGUUUUUAUUUAAAAAAUUAUGGAUUGUAAGUUUAGGCAGUGGACUGGGGAAAUGCAGAAAAAGCUUUUGGAGUUUUGAGGUGGUAGGAGAAUCCUUUGCAGUUUGAUGUGUUUGAUAAGUGGUCCAGUGUGUCUACGAUGGUUGUGUUUGCCUCAGUCACCCCAUGCAUACAGUGUUCCAAUUCAUAUGAGACAUUUCAGUUUUUGAAUUCAUGUGAUUUGUGUCCUUCAGUGUUUACCCCAUAAUAUUAUUGUCUGGCAGUUUUUUAUUUAUUUUCAUUUUUUGAUAGCAAAGUUUAAAUUAUUUACAUUCAUGGCAAAGGCAACCAGUUUGUUCUGGGUCAGUCUGUCAGCCUUAUGUAGUGUCUACCAAACAAAAAAGUAUACUUCACUGAGAGUUUGCGUGUGAAUCAAACCAAUCGUGUAAAGUAUAUUGUUAUAUCCUUUCCUGAAUAUGCUUCUAAAAAUGUAUUCUGAAAUUGUUCUUAAGCAUGUAAUUAAUAACACUGUUAUAAAGAUUGUCUUGUUAUAAUGAUGUAAAAGAUUAUAAAUAAUCCCAGAGUGACACACAGUAUGCUAAGCGACUAAAUCCACAAUUGUUACUCAAUACAUCUGAAUAAAUAAUUUUCAAAAAGAGAUAUUUUACCCAUGUGUGAUUAAACUUGUAUUUGACAGCUCACAAUAAACAUGAGUAACUAAC